GGGGACAGAGGUGAAGUGCACACCAAUAAAAGAAUCAAAUAUUCUCAUGUGCCAAGUGAGUUAUCCAGCCCUCAGGACAGACCAACUGGCAACAUUUGUGGUCAAUUUUGAUUUUAACCUGAAUCAGAUUAAAAAAGAGGCCAAAGUUGACUUUGAAGCUUUAAGCGACAGCACAGAGGAAACGCCUGCUGAUAAUAAGAUCUCCAUCUCCAUUCCUGUGCAGUACAACUCUGAGAUCAUCCUCAGCAGAGAAUCAAACAUAGACGUUUAUUUACUUGAAAAAGACAACAACUUCCUCACCACAGUGCAGAACUACAAGGACAUUGGGCCCGAUUUUAACUUUAAUCUAAAGGUUUCUACAGGAACUGUCCCGGUCAGUCUGGUUUACCUCAAUAUCUCGCUUCCCAACAACACGAGAGCUGGAAAUCCUCUCCUGUACACAAGCAGGAUUAAAACAUCACCUGCGGACAAAAUCCUCUGUAAAGACAACGAUCUGAUCGACCCUCUGAAGAUCAGUGUAAAACCUCAUUCAGCCCGAUUUACUGAGGAGAGCUUCAGAGGAACAGAUGAACUGAACUGCAGGACGGCCUCAUGUCGCGCAGUGCAGUGUACGCUAAAGGACCUGGACCAAAAGAGCGAUUAUUACAUCAACGUCACCACAAACAUAUGGAACGGCACCUUUGUGAUGGCUGAUUUCCUGUACGUUGUGCUCUCUGUGAGAGCUGACAUAGAGACGUCUCAACCAGACCUGCUCUUUAUAGAACAGAAACAACUAAAGGUUGAAGUCAAAGUUAGCAAACCUGGAGCUAAAGCAGAUGUUCCAGUGGGUGCCAUUGUGGGAAGCAUCAUCGGUGGUCUGCUAUUACUGGCUCUAGCUGUCGCAGUGCUUUACAAGCUUGGAUUCUUCAAGAGGAAAUAUCAACCCUUGAUGAAGGGUGAGGAAAAUGGAGCAGAAGUCCAAGAAUUGCAGGAAAACAAUGAGGCGUCCGGAGAGAUGAGCUGAGACUACUUUCUUCUUUGAUAAAAUGGCAAGAAAAGAGUUUGGAUGGUGAACUGGGUUUUCUAAAAGUGCCGGUGCGAUUACAGUGCAGCGUUUGAAAUCUUAUAGUGGCAUUUCAAACUUGUUCAUCUCUUGUAGCUUUUUCUUUGCAAGUCUUGAACGCCAGCAAAGGUUUUGGGGCUCAAACAUACCAUUUUUUACUUGUUCUCCGCAUGGCUAGUGCUUCAUCAUUUACUCAUCCUCCUAGACCUGAGUGUCUGUUCUGUUGAAUGCAAAGGAAGAAUUAAGAAUGUUGAAAAAACAAAAACAGCUGACUUCCAUAGUAUUUUUGCUGUAUUUUUACUAUGGAUGUCAAGGACUGUUUUUCGCAAAAUUCGUCAGAAUAUCUUCUGUUUCGUGUUCAACGGAAGAAAAAAACAUUUUUGGGUGAACUAUCCCUAUAACUAGAUCUUGUAAUACUAAUGUCCAAGGGUAAAGAGCAAUUGUUGUCAAACUUUCAUAUUUAAACACAUUUGAUCAUCUAUUUUAAACUUGAGUACUAAAACUCCCAAACAUGUCAAUGGGUCACAUCAUGACAAAUUAAAUUUGCCUUGAUAUUUUGAAUGAAAAAAAAGACAAACAUUGUUGUAUACUUAUGCUUUUUAUUCAGCAUAUAAAUUGACAAUUGACUUUUUUUUUUUUUAUGAAGUGUCCGUGCAGGUUGAAA